AUGCAUGUAUGCUCUUCAUGCUGGUCACCGGUUAUAUCUGCAGGCACGACCGCGGGGUGCUUUGCCCCGGAUUCUGCGAUCUUUGCGUUUCUGAAGACUUGGCCGUCCUCCUGGCUGCAGCCAGGGUAUUCGGGCAUAAAAAGGGUUGCGAUCCUCGAGGAAGAGGCGUUCGAGCAUGGCAUUGCUUCUGCGUUUCUUGUAUUUGUGGUCACUUUCGCUUGGUUCCUGAAAGACCGAACCCUAGGAAACAGAUCCUCCGUUCGUUUGCUAAGAGAAAUGACUUCCUACUGCCGGUUGGUUGCCUUGGUGGCUUUGGCCCUGCUGUCCAUUGCUUCCACCAGCGCAGGCCUAGCCCAGUGUGAGGCGAGUAAGCCAGAAGGCCCUGUUCUCGUCACGCCGGACUGUGUGGAUGCAGAGUACAGCACCCCGGUCAUCGACAGCGAGACGGACGAAGCCUCCCCACAGGCUCAUCGUCGAGUCUCCGGACAUUUCAACGGCACAGACAUUCGAUUCAACGUGUACCUUCAGCCUCAAGCGCAAUGGGACGGACGCUUCUUCCAACUGGUCUACCCAACCCAAGACGAGAACGCAACGGAGCACACUAUCGGACUCGGCAUAGAGAGCGGCGCGUACACGGUCCAGGUCACCGGGACUCAAGGCUAUCGUGCGGACGCUGCGGCCGCAAAGUUCUCGCGUACGCUUGCAACAAAGUAUUACAAUGUCUCGGAAUCGCGCCAUAUUUACGGCUACAUCUACGGUGGCAGCGGCGGGUCCUUUCAAACCAUUGCGGCGAUGGAGAAUACCCAAGGAGUCUGGGACGGGGGAGUCCCAAUUGUACAGGCAGUGCCGGUAUCCUUGGUGCUGAACUACGGGGUUCGCCAGCUGGGUGCAUUCGUACUGGAGAACAAAGCGUCCCAGGUGAUCGAUGCCAUCCGGCCGGGAGGCAGCGGCAACCCUCAUGAAGGGCUGAACGAAAUGCAAAAGGACGUUCUCCAUGAGGUAACGUUGAUGGGUAUGCCUCUGGCUGCAUGGGAGGAUUAUGACACGGCGUUAAACGGUAGCAACUUAAUCGCCCUGGGCGCUCUGGCACGGGACAUGGACCCAAGUUACGUGGACGACUUUUGGUCCUUGCCAGGUUAUGUCGGCACCGACGAAUCCGACCUGGGGGAGCUGUUCCGCGCCGCACUGAUCAAUAUCACCGCGACCGUCGAAGAAGUCGAGCGGGACUCGAACGACGUGCCCACAACCCUGGUUUUGAAUCAGGCCCCAUCUAAUGUUUCACAUCCGGCAGCACUCGAGUUCUCCGUAUACAGCGCGGAUGGUAAGACCAAGCACGCUGUGUCUGGUUCACUGGAUCUUGAGCGCAGGGUCCUGAUACUUGCGAACGACAACGACCCGGCGGUGCUCGGAAACCUAACCGCCGGACAGUCUCUGAGGAUCGACAAUCGGUGGUUCCUGGCAUUGCACACCUACCAUCGUCACCAAGUACCCACCCGCGAUGGCUUCUACGGGUUUGAUCAGCUCCGGGAUGCAGACGGGAACCCCCUAUAUCCCCAACGCGAGAUUGAGGUGGCCAAAGAGGUGGCCAUCUCCAGUAGCGGCGGGGGCACGCAUACUGGGCAGAUCGGCGGCAAGAUGAUUGUGAUCGAUAACCUCCUUGACCAAGACGCGUUCCCGUGGCACGCCGACUGGUAUCGCAUGCAGGUCCGGCAAGCUCUCGGGGACCUGUCGGAUGACAGUUACCGUCUUUGGUACAAUGAAAACGCUGAUCAUGAGAUGGUAGACGUUCCUGUAGGGGAUAGGACCUCUCGCUUGAUCGAUUUCCGCGGGAUCUAUGAGCGAGCCCUUCGCGACGUCAGUGCCUGGGUCGAGAAUGACCUUGCACCGCCUCGUUCCUCGCAAUACAAUGUGUCCAACAGCCAAAUCCGGCUGGCGGCAACGGCAGCACAGCGUCGCGGGAUCCAGCCCGUGAUUGACAUGACUGUGGAUGGUGCGUCCAAGACGCGUACCCCGGCUGGUCAGGCGGUCACUCUCCACGCACGUAUUCAGGUGCCUCCCGAUGCCGGGCAAGUCGACUCUGUCGAGUGGGAUGUUCAGGGCCGUGGCGAGUUUGUCCGCGGCACGUUCACCAGCAGCAAUGGAACGGUGGAAGUCGAGACUACCGCGCGAUAUGACAAGCCGGGAACCUACUUUCCGGCCAUCCGGGCGGGGUCGCAGAAGAAGCCAGGGGCGGAGUUCGGGCAAGCACUGAAUCUGGGGCGCGCGCGAGUGGUUGUAGAUCCAAUCACCAUGUCUGAGCGUCAGAACGGUACCGUCAAGUGGUUCAACGAUGAGAAGGGCUACGGCUUCAUCACCCCCGAGUCCGGCGCCGACCUCUUCGUCCACUUCCGCGCCAUCGAGGGAACCGGCUUCCGCUCUCUGAAGGAGGGCCAGCGCGUCUCGUUCGAGGCUGUCCAGGGCCAGAAGGGCAUGCAGGCGGACAAGGUUCACGUCGAGGAGGCAUGA